AUGGCUCUUUAUGCUUUGGCAAUAUUUUAUGCGUCUUGCAGAGAUCUGCUUCAGCCUUUCAAUCCAGUUCUGAAGUUUAUUAUAAUCAAAUCUGUCAUUUUCCUCACUUAUUGGCAGGGUGUGUUGGUUUUCCUUGUCGCCAAAUCUGGAUUAAUAAAGAAUGCAGAGGAUGCUACUCAAUAUCAAAAUUUCAUAAUAUGUGUUGAGAUGCUAAUUGCUGCUGCUGGUCAUCUAUAUGCAUUUCCCUACAAGGAGUAUGCUGGUGGAAAUAUUGGUGAGCCUCGAGGUCUGACUGGAAGCCCUGCACAUGCCUUAAAAUUGAAUGACUUUUACCAUGACACAGUCCACCAGGAUAUCACUGGACAGAAGACUGUGAUGGACAAGUUCACCCGGAUUGAAACCCAUUGA